AUGUCACCAACGGAACAGGACAAUCACAUUGAUGGUGGUUUAGAACUAGAGGAUAGUGAAACCCGCACACCAGCCGCAUCAAUCUCAUCGAAAAUGACAUCAGACCAAAUUCCACUGCAUGGUGUGGCGGACGAUGAAGGACGCGUUGAGUUCAAGGAUCUGGAACAUACUGCUGAUUACAAAAACGAGGAGAUAUCUCUGAAAUCGACGCACUCAACAGUACGACAGUUUUUAAGAAAAGAACUCAUUGAUGAUUUCCAUCCCAACUAUUUUGUCUCCUUUUUGGGAUGUGGAAUCACGGGUAACAUUUUUUAUGGCUUCCCAUACAAAGCCCGUUGGCUAGAGGUUUGUGGAAUCAUCCAUUCGCUAUAUUUUGCAGUUUACUCAAUGGGGUUCAGUACUAUAAUAAAUGGAGUGAAUUUGCUAACGCAUGGACGGUAUCCCAUAUUCUUGUGGGUUUUGUGGUGGAUAGGUGUGGUUCUUGCCGUCAUGAAUACGGCAGUCAUAUUUUUCUUUUCUUUCUUGUCAAAAUUCAGUGCCCAUAGAAUUGCCGAUAUCAAUGCUAGUAUAUUCAUGCCUGUUGUCUGUUGUUGUGUUAUUUCAUCGCCGGGGCAUCUCAUCGCUGCUGAGUUGGAGACACGCAAUCAAAAAAUUAUCACCGAGCUCACAUCAUUGAUGUUGUUUUUCAUAUCCAUUAUGCUUUUUCAUGGAGUUGGUGCUGUCUUUAUGGUUAGGUUGAUUUUAUGCAAAAUACCAAGUACUUCACAGAUUUUUACUCAGUUCUUACCGAUUGGUUUUGUUGGUCAAAGCAGUUACAGUAUAAUGCUUUUUGGGAACAACAUGUACAAUUUUAUCCCUGAUGAUGCUUUGGCAAAAGCAUUCUUGGUCCCCUCGGCUUUGGCUGCAUACCUAUUACUAGCAGGAGGUUACAUCUAUUUGUUUAUAGCAAUUGCAUCCUGCAUGUCAAAAAGUUCCCCAUUUGCUAAAAAUCAUGACCCAGAGUGGACAACAAAGAGGUUUGGAUUGAUAAAAUGGAAUAAAGGAUGGUGGACAAUGACUUUCCCGGUAGGAACUAUGUCUCUUGCUAAUAGUGAAGUGUCCAAGGGAGUUGCGGGCUAUGAUUUCUUGUUUUUCAAAGUCAUGAGUGCAAUAAUAGGAGCGUCGUUAAAGUCCUUGUAUGUCGACACUUCAAGAAGAGCUGUUGAAAAGGUCAACUUGAAAUGGAUUGACACUGCUUCUAAAUUCGGUAAGGGUAGAUUCCAAACUCCAGCUGAAAAGCACGCUUUCUUGGGUACUUUGAAGAAGGACUUGGAAAACUAA